ACUGAUAGAUUGAAGGAAAUAUGAACAACUCGCAAUACGAUUGUUAAUUAGUAAAUAUAAAAAAGGAGAGCAAAAUAUGCAGACAGGAAACGCAUCAGUCGGCGGAAAAGACUACAACUCCACUUCUACCUCCGCAUCCGCUUCUGCAGAUUGGCACUAUUGGUGUCGACUUUGCGCAAAAAUUGAUACACACAGUGAAAAUAUUUUCUAUGAACAUCAACCACAAAUAACUUACUCGGGGGGCAAAAGUGACGAUAAUAGAUGUACAAUGGCCGUAGCAAUAGGAAAAUAUUUUUGCUUACAAAUAAAACACGAUGACGAUUUGCCCAAAUUAUUAUGCACAGAGUGCAUUUCAUUGGUAACAACCCUUCUAGAUUUCAAUGAACGUGUUGUUAAAGUGCAAGAAAUGUAUGCUGAACUGCAAAGUUCACAGAUCGGUAAUAAUGUAGACUUCCAGUCUACUCGACUGAAAUAUGGAAUUUUGAAGGAAGAUCCAGCUCAAUUAUAUAAGAACCGAUAUGGGGAAGAUUGUUUUACUGAGAAGUUUGACCAAGCAAGUAUAGCAGACAUGCACAAUUUUGAAAUCAAAUUAAUAACGGAAAUUCCAAGUGAUGGUAUCCAAGCCGAUGAAGGUAGUCAUGCCCUUGAAUUUGAAGGCACGGAAGGUGACGAUCCUUUUGCAGGCGGAGUUAUCAUUGAAACCCCUGAAACCCAGACUCUUCGUGCAAUAAAAGAAUGUGAUGGAGAAAGUAAUGAUGGUAAAUUAUUUGAUUUCAUACCUUUGAAUGCACAGAAUAAGUUAUUAAAAACCGAAAUAAACACAAAUGAAAAGGGAGGAUCGUCAAAGAAAGAUAAGAAAUUGAAGUUAAUUGAUACUAAUCGUAAACGAUCUAACAAAAAUAGUUUUGGCAAAAAGUUAGAAAAGUGUAUUACUGAUACCGAGGGAAAGUCAACUGAUGACAAAUACUUUUGUAGCACUUGCUCACUUCACUUCCAACGUCCUGGCAAUUAUCGUGUGCAUAUGAAGAAAAGUCAUGGCAUCGUAUAUGAAUUAGAUCCUUUCACAUGUCCUCAAUGUCAUAAAUCUUUCAAAACUGGAUACAAACUAAAUCGUCAUAUAAAAACGCAUCAGCCGCUGUCGGAAAAGCGAAUAUUUCCAUGCCCACAAUGUGAUCGGAAAUUCCAAACAAAAGAUUAUGUAGCUAGACAUAUAAAGUUUGUUCAUGAAGAUAUUCGUCCAUUUAUUUGUGAAGAAUGUGGAGAAGGUACUCGAACCGAAACUACACUACGAGAACAUAUGCUUAUACACACUGACCUGGCACCUUUUGAAUGUGAAAUAUGUAAGAAAGGUUUUAAAAAUGAGUCGCGUCUAAAAAAUCAUAUGGAGAUACACAGUUCGAGUAAGCACAUCUGCAGAGAAUGUGGUUUGCAGUUAAAUUCACGUGUAACGUUUAAUCGUCAUAUGCUUGUACAUUCUGAUAUUAUGCGUCAUAAGUGUGAUUAUUGUGGACGAGCAUUUAAACGAGCCAAAACGCUGAAGAAUCAUUUAAUACUCCAUAGUGGUCUAAAGCCCUAUACAUGUGACUUCUGUGACAGAACUUUUGCAACUGGGGCCAAUUGCCGGACUCACAAAAGAAAAUCACAUCCGGAAGAAUUAGCGGCAUUAGAGGCUUCAGGAGAAAAAACUUACACGAAAAAUAUACCCAGAUUGUCUGUAUUAAAAACAGUAACGCAAUCUGCUGAAAAUCUAAUUCCUGUUGUCUCCAAACAGAGCGGUAAUUUUUCAUUAGGUAGGAAAUUGAAACUUUCGUCCGAUUAUUCUGUUGGUGCCAACCAGUCCAGUUCCUUGACAACGAUAAAUACGUCUGCGGAAACAAUACUUUCAAGAAGUCAAACAACUUCUAAAGAGAACAGUUUAGACGCGGGCAACUUUUCGGAAAGGAGUAAUAUACAAUCGUCGUUUUGCGUGUGCAAAGCAAUAUAUCUUGAAGAAAAUAUAAACAACUCGCAAUACGAUUCAUUAAUUAGUAAAUAUAAAAAAGGAGAGCGAAAUAUGCAGACAGGAAACGCAUCAAUCGGCGGAAAAGACUACAACUCCACUUCUACCUCCGCAUCCGCAUCCGCAGAUUGGCACUAUUGGUGUCGACUUUGCGCAAAGAUUGAUACACACAGUGAAAAUAUUUUCUAUGAACAUCAACCACAAAUAACUUACUCGGGGGGCAAAAGUGACGAUAAUAGAUGUACAAUGGCCGUAGCAAUAGGAAAAUAUUUUUGUGUGCAAAUUAAACACGAUGACGAUCUGCCCAAAUUGUUAUGCACAGAGUGCAUUUCAUUGGUAACUACCCUUCUAGAUUUUAAUGAACGUGUUGUUAAAGUGCAAGAAAUGUAUGGUGAACUGCAAAGAGCUAAAUUAAUUAACGAUACAGAUUUUCAGUCUAUUCGACUAAAAUAUGGAAUUUUGAAGGAAGAUCCAGCUCAAUUAUGCAAGCACCAACCUGAAGAAGAUUGUUUUACUGAAAAGGUUGAUGAAGCAAGUGUGGCAAACAUGCACAAUUUUGAAAUCAAAUUAAUAACUGAAAUUUCAACCGAUUGUAUGCAAACCAAUGAAGUUAGUCAUUCACUUGAAUUUGAAGGCACGGAAGGUGAAGAUCCUUUUGCCAGCGGAGUUAUCGUUGAGACCUCUGAAACCCAGACUCUUCGUGCAAUAAAAGAAUGUGAUGGAGAAAGUAAUGAUGGUAAAUUAUCUGAUUUCAUGCCUCUGAAUGCACAGAAUAAGUUAUUAAAAACCGAAAUAAAUACAAAUGAAAAGGGAGGAUCGUCAAAGAAAGAUAAGAAAUUGAAGUUAAUUGAUACUAAUCGUAAACGAUCUAACAAAAGUAGUUUUGGUAUAAAGUUAGAAAAGUUUAUUACUGGCUCCGAGGGAAAGUCAACUGAUGACAAAUACUUUUGUAGCACCUGCUCACUUCAUUUUCAACGUCCUGGCAAUUUUCGUGUACAUAUGAAGAAAAGACAUGGCAUUGUAUAUGAAUUAGAUCCUUUGACAUGUCCUCAAUGUCAAAAAUCUUUCAAAACAGAAUUCAAACUAAACCAUCAUAUAAAAACGCAUCGGCCACUGUCGGAUAAGCGAAUAUUUCCAUGCCCACAAUGUGACCGAAAAUUUCAAACAAAAGAUUCUGUAAGCACACAUAUAAAAUUUGUUCAUGAAGAUAUUCGUCCAUUUAUUUGUGAAGAAUGUGGUAAAGGUACACGAACCGAAACAACACUACGAGAACAUAUGCUUAUACACACUGACCUGGCACCUUUUGAAUGUGAAAUAUGUAAGAAAGGUUUCAAAAAUCAGGCGCGUUUAAAGAAUCAUAUGCAGAUACACAGUUCCAGUAAGCACAUCUGCAGAGAAUGUGGCUUGCAAUUAAAUACUCGUGAAACUCUAAAUCGUCAUAUGCUCGUACAUUCUGAUAUUAUGCGUCAUAAGUGUGAUUAUUGUGGGCGAGCUUUUAAACGAGCCAAAACGCUGAAGAAUCAUUUAAUACUCCAUAGUGGUCUAAAGCCCUAUACAUGUGACUUCUGUGACAGAACUUUUGCAACUGGGGCCAAUUGCCGGACUCACAAAAGAAAAUCACAUCCGGAAGAAUUAGCGGCAUUAGAGGCUUCAGGAGAAAAAACUUACACGAAAAAUAUACCCAGAUUGUCUGUAUUAAAAACAGUAACGCAAUCUGCUGAAAACCUAAUUCCUGUUGUCUCCAAACAGAAUGAUGAUCUUUUAUUAGGAAGGAAAUCGAAACUUCCGCCCGAUUGUGCUAUUGGUGCCAAUCACUCCAGUUCCUUGACAACGAUAAAUUCAUCGGCUGCUACAGUACUUUCAAGCACAGUACGCCAAGGCGAAUUUAUUACAGGCGAUGGCCUUCGCAUAUAAUUGAAAACAUGCAUACAGGUAUUUCGUUUUUGCUUUUGAAUUUUUAUUACGUCAAAAUCAGCUGUUUGUUUGAAGGCAAUUUACUUGUGCAAUAAAAUGAGAAACUUAA